CUCGUCGGGCUCACGAACCUGGGCAACACGUGUUUCCUCAACGCGCCGCUCCAGUGCCUGCUGGGCGUGGCGCCCCUCGUCGAGGUCUUCCUCGACGGCUCCUACGCCGCCAUGGUCAACGGCGCGUCGCCGUCCAAGGGCGCCAUCGCGCACGCGUUCGCGGAGCUCGUGCGCGACGUCUACGCGGCGGAGCCCCACUCGGCCGUGAGCCCGGCGAAGCUCAAGCGCGUCAUCGGCCAGCACGCGCCCCAGUUCCAGGGCCACAGCCAGCACGACUGCCAGGAGCUCUUCCGCUACCUGCUCGACGGCCUCGCGGAGGACCUGAAGCUGCCGCCGCCGCCGCCGCCGCGGCCCCCGGAGCCGGGCCCGGAGACGGAGGACGACGAGCCCGCGGCGGACGACGCGGGCGAGAGCUCCUGGGCGGCCUACCGGCGGAACAACCGGUCCCUGGUCACGGACACGUUCUGCGGCCAGCUGCGGAGCUCCGUGGAGUGCUGCUCGUGCCACCACGUGUCGACGUGCUUCGACCCCUAUUUGGACAUCUCGCUGCCCAUCCCCGCGGCCGCGGCCGGCGGCAACGAGGCGGGGCCCGACGGCCGGCCGCGGAACGCGGCGGGCAAGGGCAACCCGCGCGGCGCGCGGUCGCGGCUGCCGAACGCGUGCACGCUCGAGGAGUGCCUCGAGACGUUCACGGAGCCCGAGGUGUUGGAGGGGGGGAACAAGGUCACCUGCGAGCGCUGCGGCAAGCUGCGCAAGUGCGUCAAGUGGCUCACGAUCCACUCCUGGCCCAAGAUCCUCGUGCUCCACGUGAAGCGCUUCGCGUACACGAGCGUGCGGCGCGAGAAGCUCGCGACGCUCGUCACGUUCCCGGUCAAGGGCCUCGACCUCGGCAACUUCAUCUCCAAGGAGCGCGACGGCGCCGCGGUGAAGCCCGUCUACGACCUCUUCGCGACGUCGGACCACCUCGGCGACCGGGAGACGAGCGGCCACUACGUCGCGAACUGCGCCGUCGGCGACGCGUGGCACCAGUUCAACGACGCGCGCGUCUCGCCGGUGACCCAGGAGGAGCUCCAGGGAGCGGCGAGCUACGUGCUUUUUUAUCGGCGA